AUGGCAGACGAACAAUUCAUGCGCCGCCUGCAGGACAUCUCUGGUGAUGAUUCCGACAUGUGGGAGGGUUUCGACCCCUCCGCGUGGCGCUCUCACCUGUCCGAGGGCAAUGACUCUGAAGAGCUUGAGUUGGAGCAAGACGCUUCUACUCCCCAGGAGAAUGAAUACGAUACGGACGAUUCGGCCCAGAUGAUCUUCAACUUCCACAAGCUCAGCAAGGCCGAGCGGGCACGUGGCACCGUCAAGCUGAGCAAGGCGCGCCAGUAUGCGUCUGAGGAAGUGUCGUUUCCGCACGAGCUUGCCGAGUUGGAGAAGGUCAAGUGGGAAGAGACGGGUCUUUCCAUCGGCGACCUCUCGGAAAAGGGUCUGACUUUCGUGCCGUGGAGGCUUAUUGAUCACUACCCGGUCAUGUUCGUCGGCAAGGCCAACGGCGCUCGUGCCGAGCCUCUCUUUACCCCCGAAGCUCUUCACGACAAGCUUGUCUGGGAUCUGUACUAUCUUCACUGCCCUGCGGACAUGAAGAUGAAGCCUGUUAUUUUUGUACCCACCUACCAGUUCCAGCAUCUCCUGGACUUGGUCAACGCCAAGCUAGAGACUCAGUUCACUAUCCCUCGCGGCAGAAACGAAGAGAGGUUCACCAUGUCUUUUGGCGUCGGUAACAGCCCUCUGCCGCGCUUUUUGGGUCGCUCGCACAGCGCCGAGUCGUUCAAGACCCUCAGCGAGGCGAUUCCUGCGCCUCAUCCCGAUGACGACCUCUCCAAGGUAACCCAGCUCGGCAUCGAGGAGUUUAGGGGCCUCCUGAAGCGAACUCGUGCCGAUCGGAAGAAGGGCAAGAAGUCGGAUAAGAAUCGCCCGAAGCGUGUUAAGAUGCAUCAGGAAUGGGGUCGAUCUGUCAAGCGAGUUCAGCGCUACCUUGGUCUCCGCGGUAGAGCAGCUGACGAGGCAGCUGUUAAACUCGAUAACCUCGACUUCGCUCAGCCCAUGGUCCGGAAGCCCGAGAACUCGGUCCUCUUUGUCGCCAUCGACCUCGAGGCCUGGGAGCAGGAUCACGGCCUCAUCACCGAAGUCGGCAUCGCCAUGCUAGACACGGCCCAUCUCACGGGCAUUGCACCCGGUGAGAACGGCCAGAACUGGCUGCAGCUCAUUGAAGCUCGCCACAUUCGCGUCAAGGAAAACAUGUGGGCCACAAACUCACGCUACGUUCAUGGGUGCGCCGACUGUUUCGACUUUGGCACAACUGAGUUUGUCGAGGAAUCUCUCAUCCCCGAGCUCAUCAAGGACGUCAUCGACCGGGCGACCUUUGUUAACGGCGGCGGCCCCCGGUCCGUGGUGCUCGUCUUCCACGAGUCGUCGUCCGACAUCAAGUACCUCCGGUAUUUGUCCUACUACGUCGAAGGCGCCCGCAACGUCAUUGACGUCGCCGAUACCCGUGAGAUGCACCAGUUCCUGGUCCGAAGCAAUGACUCGGCCAGCCUGGCUAGCGUGCUCAGCUAUCUGGACAUCUCGCCGCGCUUCCUGCACAACGCGGGCAACGAUGCGGUGUACACCCUGCAGGCUAUGGUCGGUCUGGCGGUCAAGAAGAUGGGUAUGAGCAUCGAGGCGCGGAAGGAGAAGAUCGACGGUCAUAUCCCCUACGCCGACUUCGCCGAGAAGGACGGCUGGACUAGUGGCGAGGACACUGACGGCGGCGAGCCGGCCGGCCUGCCCCCCCUCCCGGUUGGCUGGGGUAGCAGUGAGGACACCAGCAACCAGGACUGGGGCAGCGAGGAAACCGGUGGCCAGGCCUGGUGA